AGCAGGGCGAGGCUCACAAACUUAAACAGACUCAGUCAGUGUGUGAGUGUGUAUGUGUCUGCGCUCAGGUGAAAACAGAUCUCAGACCAACAGGAUGGAUCUCUCAGACGCUCUUGAUGGUGAUUGGCCGUCUGGUGGUAACCAAUCAGAAGGCGGCGGCAUGUGGCCACAAAACAAUAACCCCACUUGGCCAGCUAACCCGACCUGGCCUGGAUCUGGAUCUGGAGAUGGAGGUGUGUGGCCUGGAGGAAACCAGGGUCAGCCCUCCUGGCCCACACAACCCUCACAGCCUGGAGGACCUGGACCUGGACCUGGACCUGCACCUGCACCUACACCUGCACCUGCACCUGCACCCAACUGGCCCUCACAGCCUGCAGGCCAUCAGCAGAGUCUGGCUGUUCCCUACACUCACUCUCUCAAUGGAGUUCAUAACAAACUGAUGAUCAUCAUCAAUGGAGUCAUCAAAGCCAAACCCAACAUGUUCACGUUGGACAUGUACGCCGGUGAGGACUUGGCGUUCCACUUCAACCCUCGCUUUAACGAGCAAGGUCAGAAGGUCAUCAUCAGAAACAGCUGCAUCAGAGGGAAGUGGGGAGGAGAAGAACGAGAGCUGGCCAACUUCCCCUUCAGUCCAGGACAGUCUUUCGAGAUGAAGAUCCUGUGCACCAACGGAGAGUUUAAAGUGGCCGUGAAUGGAAGUCACCUGCUGGAGUUCAAACACCGCCUGAAGAACCUGAACUCCAUCAGAAGAUUCGGCAUCUUCAACGACGUGACUUUGACCAGCGUGAGAACGGAGACUUUACCCUGAGUACAGACCUGCAGGGGGGCGCUGUCGACAUCUAUGAUCCCUGUUUAUUACAUGACAAUAAACAAAGUGAUUAUCUUUAA